AUGCGCACCGAACGCCCGGGGCGCCCCGAGGCGGAGUCGUCCGGCCGCAGGGACUUCAUCCUGCGAUCGAUCAACGUCGGCGUCCUGGCCGCACUGUUCACCUGGGGGGCUGUGGACCGCCCCGGCAACCUGGGCAUCCAGGACUACGGUGGCGGCCUGCGUCAGCUGUCGCUGUGUCCGCGGACCCCGAACUGCAUCUCGACGUCCGAGGAGGCCAACGACCCGGAGCACUACGUGGCGCCGCUGACGUACAACCCGCCCGACGGCAGGGGCAAGAAGAACCCGGCCACGCAGGCGCAGGCCAUGCAGGAGCUGGUGGAGGCUGUGCGGACGUCGCAGCCCGACGGGUUCACGCCGAAGAUCGUGAAGCAGACGGACGACUACCUGUACGCCGAGUUCCAGUCCCCGACGUUCGGGUUCAUCGACGACGUCGAGUUCUUCUUCCCCAAGGACCAGCCAGGGAUCGUCGAGUUCCGCAGCGCGUCGCGCAUCGGCGAGUCCGACGGGAAGAUCAACCGCAAGCGCAUCAAGGCGCUGCGGCUCAAGCUGCAGGAGAAGGGCUGGAAGUCGACCUUCGUCCCGUACAACUAG